GGUGAAAAGAAAACAUUUUUAGGGACUUUAACGUACAUCUAAGAAUAUAUGGGUACCAAAAUGCAAAUAAACAAACUUUCGCGCUUCCCCCUUCCCCCUUCCCGCCGAUAUUUGUCCGAUGAACCGGAAAGCAGAACAAUUCCCCAAUUCUGAAGAUGGAAGAGAAUCAGUUGAUGGAAUCAGGAGUUUCUGAGCUGAACUCAAAUGCCUUCUUCAUCGACCCGGUUCGAAUCCUCAACCAUUCUUAUACCCGGUUUAGGGUUUCGCCUUCUACGUAUUACUCUCGCUUCUUUGAUUCCUUGAACUCAGCACAAUCUCCAAAAGCUUCCGAAGAUUCUAGAAAAGGAAAACGUAAGAGGAAGAAGAAGAUUCAAUCUCUCAACGAGCGCGAACAAAUCGCCGAUCGUCGUCACCAGGAGGUGAAGCCAUUCUUGUUGAAAGCGCAUGAAGCUCUGCUCGAAGCUACUGAUCUUUUGAAAGUUUUGAGAAAUUUGAGGAAUGAUGUAUGUUCUGUGGGGGAAUGUAAGGAGUUAUCGCAGGAAAGUAGUGAACUUUCCUUUAUGGAGCUCGGAGGUGUUUGGCAAGCUCCUUUGUGUGAGAUUGUUCUCAAUUAUCAGCAAGAUGAUAAAACUUUGCAAAAUGGAGGUUUUCCGCUUGCUCAGAGUAUUGAACAAAAAGUGACCCCUGCAUUUAAUAAUCUUGUUGCCAAUGAGGGAAGCUAUGAUAUAGAGGCUGAGCUUUUUAAUCACAAGUAUAUUAUUCCCAAAAGGAGUUGUUUUUAUAUGUCUGAUAUGCAGCAGAUUGACAGCUUAAUCCCAGCUGGUUCUGAUUGUGGCUUCAAUCUCAUAGUUAUAGACCCCCCUUGGGAAAAUGGCAGUGCUCGUCAGAAAGUGAGGUACCCAACGUUGCCAAACCGAUACUUCUUAUCUCUCCCCGUCAAGCAACUUUGUCAUACCUCUGGAGCACUUGUUGCGUUGUGGGUUACCAACAGGGAGAAGUUGCGAGAUUUUGUGGAAAAUGAUUUAUUUCCCAAAUGGGGAGUAACAUAUGCUGCUAGCUUUUACUGGUUGAAGGUCAAGGCUAAUGGAAUGUUGACUGGUGAAUUGGAUCUCUUUCAUCACCGACCAUAUGAAUGUCUUCUCCUAGGUUACUGUGAUGGAAAGGAUACACAUUCUGGGAAUUCAACAAGAUUGAAUCCUAUACCAGAUAAUCGAGUGUUCAUUAGUGUUCCUGGUGAUUAUUCAAGGAAACCCCCCAUUGGAGAGCUGCUGCUAGAUUAUGUGCCGGGGUCUAUGCCUGCUCGUUGCGUUGAACUAUUCGCUAGAGAAAUGAUAGCUGGCUGGACUUCUUGGGGGAAUGAACCUCUUCAUUUUCAGGAUUCGAGAUAUUUUGUUAGUAAGACAAUGGAAAAUUGAUGUAUCCUGAUAAAAACGCCUCUUACUGGGAAGUUUCAGUCCAAACGACAUGGCGUCCUGACGAUUUCCCUUUGCAGAGAGUAUAGACUUCAAGGAAGUUCCUGGUGGCUUGCAAUAUCAUCUGACAUUUUGGAGGGACUUGGGACAAAGUUUAAAUCUCAUUGUCGAUGUUAUUGUUAAUGACUUUGAACCAACUACUGGAAAGGUCAGGACUCUGGUGUCACUUACUGCGACGUUGAAUCAUUUAUGAUUUAUCUCACUAUUUCAAAGGCAGGCAACAACAUUCACCACAGUAUUUUGGACUAGCAACUCAAAUUCUCUCAAAAUGUUGUUAUACAUUUAUGUAUAAAAAUAUAUCUUCGAUUGUUAGAUGUGAAGAAAUUUGCUUACACUGGCAAAAUCAUUUAAGUAUAAGAAUGAAAAUUUUUAAGGUGUUUUACA